ACUCCGCCGCGACCGCACGUCAUGGCGACCUCGCCCUAAAACAAAUAAAACCUCCCGUUAACGCGUGUGCUGUGAUAACCCAAACGUGGAAUCAAUUGUGAUCAUCACCGACGACAACGUUAUGCAUCGAUCGAAAGGCGACAUGGCGUCGCCGAAGUGCUUGUUCCUCUUCAUUGCUCUACAUAUCGCUUUCAGUCAUGCAGGUCCUCUGGGCCCAUUGCCGAAUGUGACGAGCAUGGAUUUGGGAUUAAAAGAAGGCAGUUGCGCACUAGGUGAUGUGGUCUACAUGUCCGGGGACGAGUUCCCCGGGGCCAGCGCUUGCGAGCGCUGCGCGUGCUCCGGCGGGGAGGUGCAGUGUGAGAAGCAGCGCUGUGAGCCGCGGCCUGGGUGUAAAGCUGUGCACCGGCCGGACCACUGUUGUCCGACUUAUCAGUGUGAAUGUGAGCAAGAGGGUCGUGUAUAUGGCAAUGGUGAGAAGCUAGUAGACCCGCAGGACCCUUGCCGCGUGUGUUACUGCCAGGGCGGCGAGGUGGUCUGUCGCCGCAUCGCGUGCUUCGUGCGGGACGACUGCCAGCCGCGCCUCGUGCCUGGCAGGUGCUGCCCGGAGUAUGAUAACUGCCCGCUUAGAGGAGUUACAUCGGUUCAUGGCAUGACACCAUCUGUAUCUAGCACACCUGCUGUGGAGGUCAACAUCAGUGCUGAUUCCUUGCCAAUCGAGCCCACGGUUCCAAAGAUCACGAUCAAAGAAAUUACACCCGUUUCGGAAAUACCUGUCGUUACUGAUGUUAAGAUUAAGGAAAUCUUACCCUCACCUCAUAAUAUGGACGUCGCUGAAUAUUCAUCAUCGAAAUCUCCACUUAUUCCACGCGAAGUAACAUCUGAAAAGACAACUGGUGAUCUCAAAACGGAAUCACCUUUGAACGAAUCUUCAGUUUCUAAACCAUCAUUGGAAGAUAAUACUAACGAAAAAGGCAGUGAUUCACCGCCUUCAAGAAUAAGCUUUUCCACACAAGACUCAUUAAACAGCGAAAUAUAUCCUUCAAAUGUACCAAAUUUGAUAUUGAUGGGUGGCCCAUCGCAACCUAUAUCUCUUAGUCCGCUGACAACAAAAGCUCCUAUGAUUGAAGAGGAGGAUCCAUCGCUAUUCGAUCAUAAUCCAGCAUUUCCACCGAUACCCGACGAUCUUACUGUAGUCGGUAACCACGAUGACGAAAUUAUACAAGAACAAAACUUAGACAACGAACACGUAUCCAUGCAUGACGUCAUGACAUUGAAUGACAAAAUAUUAACUGAAGCACCUAUUAUUAAAGAAUCACCAACAACGACGUUAUUUGUGACAAAUGGGAUGCCUAUUUCUACGGAAAAUGUAUCUGAACAGGAAUUGACAUCAGCUAGUAUUUCUACUAAAAAUGAUUUAUCUAGCACGGAAUCUUCUACAUCGAAAGAAAAUUCUAUGAUAAAUCUAAGAUCAGUUCUUCCUACUCAAAUUCUUAAUAUUCCCUCCUUUAUCUCAGAUGAGACAACGGAUGAUAUGGAGAGUACAACAGAUGUUCCUACCACAGAGUCUGCUGAAGAUUUAAAACCCACAGAUGAGGCUCAAAUAUCAUCGGAUAAAGGUGCGGCAAUAUUGGGAGAGGAAGUGGAUGGACAAAAUAGUUAUAAAGAACCGCGUGCAGAUAUGGUAACGCCACAGACAACUGAAAAUGUGCUAGAAUCAAAAGGGUCAGUAAUAUUAACCACUGAUAUUAGUUCAGAAAAUCAACCUAGCUCUUUACUAAUUGAAACAAGCGAUCAAAAUCCUCACGAAGUAACCGACAAUAGCUCAGAUGACAAAUUAUCGUCUUCUACAGCUAAUCCAUUAAAUGUUGAUUUAUCGUCAGACUCGAUACCUAAAAUGGAACUCGGCAGCGACACCUCGCUUGAAAACAUGGAGACAACGGAAUUUAUUCUCACCUCGUUUGGUUCCCAAGAGAGUGCCACGGAUGCCGUCGAACUAAUCAAAAUAGUUCCCGAUAACGAAAAAAGUGCGGCUAUAGUUGAACCACCCCGGGCAAGGAAGAAUAAUGUGUUGAAUGAUUUAAUUAAUUUAGUCGGUGAUGUGGCUUUAAUUAGUGAUCAUACUGACUCACCCGACGCACAUCACGGUUCAAGCUCUACCACGAUUUCGGACUCUGAAGAAUUGAUUCCGGUAAACGCUGGUUACAAAAGUAAAAACAAUAAUUGGAACUUAAAUUCCAUUACAGAGGUUCCCUUCAAAAGCAAAAGCCAGCCCUCAGUUAACAAACAGAAGAACGUAGAGAUCGAAGAUGAAGAAUCAGAUAGCAUAACUGACUCACCACCACCGAAUGACAAAGUAGAACCGACAACUAAAAGACCCAUUAUAGAUAACGUGUCUGACAAUAGCCCGCAAAAUAACAAUGGGACUAUUGACAAGAAAGACUUCGAAAUAAUUACCAAAUCUUAUGUUCCAACAAUAAAUAAACAUCCUACGAAAGUAGUUAUGGAAAACAGCAAUGAUCAACCAAGUUCUGACGUCGAAACAUCCGCAAGUGCAGACAAGGCUCCAUCGUCCAAUGACGACAAAGCUGUACCAGGCGACACGACAUUGGAUGAACAAGCGGAGACGUCUUCGCCCGCAGACGAGGAGACAACAGAACAGACCUUAGAUACUUCGAGUGUUGCUCCAUGAGAGGCGCAAAUAUAAUUAAAGGAACCUCAACUUUCAGCAUUUCGUAUCGAUUAAGUUUCGUUAUUGAAACUAAGUAUUGUAGAGACUAUUCAUUUACAGAUUAAUCGUAUCGUCAAUUGUGAAUUAGCGUAUUUAUAAUUUAAGUAGCCGCCAGUCGCUGGUUGAAUUUAUUAAUAUAUUAGUUGGACAAAUUAUUUAUAAUCUUAGCUAAGCGUAGUUCGUCGUUGCAAAAGCUUCGUGUGUAAGUUAUUUAUUUUAGUGAGAAACGUGAAUCGAUUAACCAAGCUAGUCAAUUAGUGACGGCGGGUGUCCGCCGGAGCCAAGUUGCCAUGUUCGCUAGCUGACAAGAUGGAACGAGCGAAUCAUUCCGACUAGAUUAGUUCCUUUAGAUUAAACACUCCUUAGCCGACCCGUGACCGAUUGCCUGUGAAUGUGACAAAAUUUGGUACAAAUGUUAGUUAUAACUUAUGAUAUUCAGUGGUAGUUUUAACGCACAAAGUGUCUAAUUAUUGCACAAAAUAAAUGUUCUAUUUCUACGCGUAUAAAGUGAUGUUCAAGCUCAAUAUAAAUUAUGUAAUUUUAAUAUAAUAUUAUGUACAGUUUACUCUUCAAUAAUUACUUUACCAGUGAUGAAUACAAUUUUGAUAAUAAUACAUUGAGUUAUAUCGUUUUCGAUGUUAUAAUAUUAAUGUUUGUGAGAUUUUGAUUUGCCAAAGGACUAUAAUAAUUAACGUAUGUACUUUAAAUUAUUAAUUUAUUAUUGGACGAUUGCUACUGGUAAAGUAAUUUCAUACAAUAUAGUAAGUAAUCACGACUCUUUGGAUAAUUUAAACAUUUUGGUUCACCUCUAUGGCUAAGUCGAGUCGGCUGGUGCUCCUUCUUGCCCCGGAAGACCACUUCUUUUCCGGGGCAACAAGCGCACGUGCUCAUUCAUAUUAUGUAUUCAAUUAUGAUUGUUUUUUUACAAAUAAAACAAAUUAGACUGAA